GAGUUUGAAGUUAUAUAUAUAUAUAAUUCAUUUUUCUUUUUAGCAUUACUGUUUGGGGUACUGAAUUUUACCAUUUUAGGCUUCCCUUCAAUAAUUUCCGCCCCCGUUCGACUCCGCCGGAGCUCUGAGUUUCCGAUCCCACAAGCUUCAAGCUCCACUUUACCCCUUCUCUCUCUUUCUGUACAAAUGGGGUUCUUCUCCUUUCUCGGACGGGUCCUCUUUGCCUCCCUUUUCAUCCUCUCCGCUUGGCAAAUGUUCAAUGAGUUUGGCACUGAUGGUGGACGUGCUGCAAAGGAAUUGCUUCCAAAGUUGAACACUUUUAGGAGAAAUUUCUCCGCUAGAUUUGGAUUUGACCUUCCUGCAAUUGAUGUUACCCAUUUAGUUGCUGCUUUUCUGUCUCUUAAAGGCAUUGGAGGCCUUCUAUUUGUAUUCGGGAGUCCAAUCGGAGCUUAUCUUCUGCUUAUCUACUUGGCAAUUAGCACCCCAAUUCUCUAUGAUUUUUUCAACUAUGGCCGUGAGAAUUCCCAAUUUGGCAUACUAAUGAACGAUUUCAUACUGCACGUGGCACUUGCUGGUGCAUUGCUCUUCUUCAUCGGAACAAAGAACUCCAUUUGGAGGAAGCAACAGAAGAAGAAGGCACAUAAAGCCAAGACAAACUAGAAACUUAAGUUAAAUCAUUACUUCGACUUGAAAUUGUUCCUUUCAUUUCCUUCCUCUCGUGUUGGGGCUCAGUUGGAAAGGUAAAAUUCAGUAGCUGGAUAUUAAAUGUGGGUUUUCGAAAAGCUUCUUAUUUGAUAAUUCCAUUUUGUAAUAAUAUAGGGAUUGUAGUACUCUUGACUGUCAAUUAUUGUUGGAGUUGGAACUGGGAAUUAGCCAUAAUAUUACAGGCUAGUAUGAAAGGAUUUAGAGAACAUGUUUUUCUUCAUUCAAACUGUUUGCCGAGGUUUAGAAUCUUUUAUUCAAUUUUACCUUAUUUGUAGAAUUAUAUGUUGAUAUGCAAUUUUUUGGAUAUUGACAA